GUUCAGCCGGGAUCACGCUCGGUGGCAACACGCUCCUUUCCACUAUCAUCUGUCGGCAUUUAAUCAUUUUUAUCAAUCAUUCCUAACAUUCAAGGAAAAUUACAACAAUUGUUAUUACCAAUUUUCGCAAUUUCUCAUAGAAAAAAGAUUGUGAAUUAUAAAAAUAGUUCUCUUAAUGAGUUUUGACUUUUUGUGAUAACGGAGUUACUCAGUGAAAUAAAAAGUGUCUCUGGAAUUACAUUAGAGAAUUUUUAAAGUGUUGCCAAGUGAAGACGAAAUGCGGAGGAUGAAGCGAAGAAGAGGUGACGAACGCUUCAGUGGAUUAAUCCAGAGUCUUGUGUGCUAAAAUGAGAUUGUGACUGAAGAAACAAAAUUCGAUACUUCAAGAUUUAAUCAAGAAAAAUAUAUGAAAAAAUUAAAUCGAGAAAAUAAAUCAUAAAAAUAAUAAAAAACUAAGAAAAAGAUUAAAAGUGCAGUGAACAUCAACGAGUUCUUGUGAGUUCUUGUGUAUCGAAAUAGAAAUAAACUCGAUUUUUCCUGUUGACUUUAAUAAGCAGAAAAUUAACUCUCAGAAGGAUACAGACAGGUCGAUUCCUCAUUAUUUCUCGUGAGGGGUUGGAUGAGAUAAUGCGAAGUCUGGAGAGAUUAUCAGGCAGUGAUCAGGACUGUGGAGAUCAGGAAAUGUACAUCGAUCUGGAUGAUGCUUCGGUCGAUUCAAUCACUGGGAAAAGAGGGCGACAUCAUGUUGCCGAGGUGGGCGAGGAAAGUGACAGCAGUGGAAGCGAACGUAGUCCAAAGCAAGCGAAACGUCGAAGUCGCGGUGGUCCACCGACGACGCGAAGACGAAAAAGUGGAAUUUCAGCGAGAGAGAGAAACCUGAGGAGGCUAGAGAGUAAUGAGCGAGAACGAAUGAGAAUGCACUCCUUAAAUGACGCAUUCGAGCAAUUGAGAGAGGUAAUACCCCACGUGAAGAUGGAAAGGAAGCUGAGUAAAAUCGAAACACUUACGCUUGCCAAGAAUUACAUAAUGGCGCUUACAAACGUCAUAUGCGAGAUGCGAGGGGAGGAACAACCAUACACAUUUGUCGAUGGAGAGUGUGGCUCAAGCAGUGGUGACAGUACAGGUCAGCACGAAUUGAGCGGUGGUGAACAGGCUGAAGAAGCAUCCCCCGCGUCUCAUCAUGAGGCAAAUAACAACAGUCUGCUACACGAGGAUCUCGAGCGCAGGAUACCUUAGUUAUAUUUUUAAUUUGUCUUUUUUUUAAAUCAAAAAGAGGGAAAAAUGAUGGGAAAAAGGUAAUGAGAGAGAGGAGCAAUAAAUUAAACCUCAACGAUUCGGAACUCCAUUAAAUGUACUCUCGUUUCGAGAGUAAAAACAAAGGUGGCUGGAAUGGGGUUUGGGGAGGGAGGUACAUGGAGAAUGCCGUUACGUGACACACAGGAUCCGACGAAUUUUAUCGAGGACACACGACGCAAUUAAGGACCGCGCCUUGAGGCUCUUAACGAUCACUUCUACCUUGUGAUUCUGUUGAGACUAACGAGUGUGAUCCCCUGCGUGAGAAACUGCGUAAUUGUUUCAUGAUGGUUAUUACCAUUGCUUUUUGUAAACACAAUUCUGUGAUGAAGUUGAGAGAGAAAUGAGUGAAUGUAAUCAGAUUUUUCUUUCUUUUCAUUGCUUAUUUCAUGGGGUUUUUUGCGAGUAAUCACACGACAAACUUUAUUUAUUUCACUUGAUUUCUCUCUUUGGUUUUAUUGAAGAAAUUAUGAAGGAAGCGAAAUGGCGAGACACCAAUUGGCAUUCGAGGGGAGUAUGGCCUCAACCGCGCUACUGUGAUAGAAUAAUUUUUUUUCGUAUUAGUUUUCCAUCGAUUUGAAUUCAGGGGCGAAGUGAUAAAGUGAGUUGAGUUUAUGUAAUAAUUCCACAAUUGAUCAAAAACUUCAAUUGAUGGUUCAAAUAAGGGGAUAUGUCAGGAGAGAAACCUGUUAUCGAAAGAACCAGUUCCAUAAUAAAUAAUACGUGUCUUGAUAUCUCUCCUAGAAUUAUUAAUUUCAAAAACAAUCACGGGUCUGAUCCUUCUCCAGUAAUUUACUGCCAAUUGAAUAAUUCAUUUUGUUAACUAUUGCAGUAUUUUGCUAAUGAGUGACUUCGGAAAAAAUUCGAAAGGAACUCCUUUGUAGGCAAUUUUUUUUGUUGAAAAAAAAUGUUAGGAUUAUUCGUUAUCAAGAUAAUCAGGCAAUUAAGAAUAAAAUACUUAUUUUCUUGACUCGACUCGUUUUACCACUUGAUUCCUAAAUCAUUCGCCACUUAUUCGUGUGAAUCUCGCCUUUGUGUUUCUGUUGAAAUUCAUUAGAUAGGAUUCAAAUAAAAAAUAAUGUUCAUGAUCUACGUGGGAAAGUUUGUUCGUGCCUUGAUGUUAAACGUCUGAUACGUAUGUGUUUAAUGUGUUAAAUGUUGUUCUGAGAUGUCGUUGAUGAUCUUAGGCAGCUAAUGCUAUGCAAAAAAUCGGUCUGGAAUCGUUUUUCUCUUGUUAUUCAGUACGAAACUCGACUACGCGUCGUACUGAGUAAUACAAAUAAGCAUUUAAAGAUUUAUAACAAUGAUGUAACUGCUUAGGUUGAAUUGCUCCACUUUAUUCUUCUCAAUUGAGUAGAUUAAUGAUUUAUCUUGUGUUUUUUUUUCUGUGAAAAUCCGAUAUUUCUGAGUUGAUAUUAGGAGGAAGUUACGUCUGAGUCUGAAUUAAAUUUUCACUUCAUAAUGUUGUAUCAUUUUUUGUGUUUUUUAUGGUCUAAGACAUUCCAAAGGAUCGUGGACUGCGUCUCACGGAUUUCUAAUGAUUUUCUCUUUUUUUGUAAAGAUGGUUGUGAUUUUACUUAGAAUUGAUAGGGAAAUUCGAAUUGAUGAGUGAGGAUUGAUUGUUAUUUUUUAAUUUAUGAUCGAGUGAGACGCAAACGUCCUCAUUUCCGUCCUUAAAUACGAGAGGUUAAAUAACAUCAUUUGUUCAUGUUCAUUAGUGUCUUAGAGAAAUUUGAUGGUUCAUUAUUAACUGUGCUUCCAACUUAUGAAAAUGUCAUUGUUUUAAUUGUUAAGGGAAAUUCAUCGUCGUUAAGUUGUGCUGAAUAAUUAUACUGAGAAAAAUUUUAUUAAGGAGAAUUAUUGUAUCAAAGAUUUUAUUGAGGUAAUUGGAUAUUUUUCAUAAUGAAAAAUUUAUUUUUUCCCUUUAAAAAAAAGUUUUAUCAUCGUUCAUGCGUUUUCUCAAUGUAUCUUCAAUUUACGCAAUUGAAUUCUAAUAAUUCCUCAGUGAAGUGACACAAAGAAGCGACUCAAAAGAUUCUGUAGGGAGUAAUUGUAAAUAGCUCAGGAAGUAGUGGAUUUAAAGGAGAACAUGAAAUGAAAUUUUUUGUGAUCACAGAAUUUCCUCCGAAGAAAGUCUUUUGACGAAUUUUUCUAAAUCUCUCAUUCUCAAAGAUAUUUACUAAUUUUUUUGACAGUUUAUUUUUCUGCAAGCAUGUCUCCUCAUGAAUUUCUGUGAAAUCUUCCCAUCAACGAUACUUACGAAAUAAUUUACAAUUGCAAUUUUUUAUACUUUGGAUCGGCUUAUUUUCAAUACAACCACUUCACUACUAGAAUGACUUAACUGAAAAAAAUGAAGAGAACCAUUUUAAUAAGCUGUACAUGUAGUUCAAGAGUUGAGAAGAAUUCACCGUUUAUAUAAUGCAUAUACACGAAAAUCGUCUAUUAUACAUAUAUAUUUUAUUAUUCUAAGUUUUAUAAGUGACCAUAUUAUAUUAUUAAUCAAUUCUUCCAUCGAUGAAUUCAGGGAUAUGAUUUCAUUAUAUUGGAAAAUUGAUAAUUGCAUAUGUGAAUAGGGGAGGGGCACAUCCAUUGGAUUCUAAUUCUGAAUAUAUAAAAAAAUGCAGUUUUCGAAAAAUAAAUAUUCAUGCCAAUCCCCUGGUAUAUGUACUUCGUAUAUUUAUGAUGAAAUAGGUAAACACGAGUGAUAAAUACCUAUGAGCGUGUGGUAACAUGAAAAUUGUAUAUAUUUUUUGAAAAAAAAUUAUAAUAUAAAGCGAGAAAUUAUAAUAUAUAACGUUUCACACGCUUAAAACAUGAA